AUGUUGGCUAUCCAUCCACAAAGGCCGCGUCCACGAGUUCCGCGAAUGGGCACAAGCUUGCCAGUCGUGCAGCAUGUGACUGCGUCGAGAACAACUUCUACCACUGCACAUGCCCUUCCACCGGAUGGAAACAUUCACGAAAGGGGAAUACACCCUGUUGACACAGAAAAGCAAGAUGGACAAACAGCUACAAAUGAUAAUCGUGAGGACAACAGAGUUCACAAAGACAGGAGACAUGUCACGUUGCAAUUAUUAUUGGCGUCCGCACGAACUGGAUCCAGCAGUAUGUCUCGCGAUAUACGAAAAUUAUUCAACCGAUACAGCCUCACCAAGUACAGUCUCACUCCAAUAUCGGAAAGAACUAAGGAGUCGACAAAUUCCACCGGGCAUCUAACUGGUCGAUCGAGAUCGAAUUCUACUUCAGAAUGUUCUGAAGAUACAGAGACCACUACUCUCAGCUUCACGUGGCCACUUUCCAGGUCCCAAACGGAUAUCUCAAGUAAAAUUUAUCGUCCCACCCCGAGACAAACUCUUCUUAAUGAACAGGAAACCGGAGCUACUAGGGAGCCGUUUAACUUGGCGAAUAAGGAACUGACCAGUUCUGUAGAGACUAACCCCACAUUAAGCAAUGCGACAUCUGUAGCAAACGAACAAGAAGCCGGUAAGCAUACCCAAGAGUGGAUCAAUAUGUUGCAUUCUGAGGAAACGUUACAGCGCUUAGAAUCAAUGCGAAUCAUCACUCUCACUGCGAAGAAAUGGAAAAUCAAAAGGCGUCCAAACGGAACCAGAUAUUUGUCUUACAAGAAACCAACUCAGUCCAAGCAUAAAAGUCAUCUGCACUGCAAAUCUACCGGUCAUGAGCCCGACUCAACACGGAAUGAGACCCCCGAUAUACAAACAUCGAUACCCGCCCAUAACCCGUGUUUUCUCAAUAGCACGGCAUUGCAGGCCACUUCUUCUGAUCAGUUGCGUAUGAGGAAAACAAGAGCUUGUCAGCCACCACAUGCAUCGCCUAAACCCCCUACUUCAUGUUCUGCAGUGUGUGGCCGUUCCGUUGACCGUGCUGCAGAUCCAGCCGGAACAAUAUCCGCAGUACGCUCCCCAAAUAACCUAUAUUCCUCUACAACAGGGUUCUGUCACAAACGUUCAAACACAAAACCAACUUCCCCACCCAAAACGGAAAAUAAUUUUGGAGUCGCACCCUGCUGCGCCCAGCGGAGGAACUUAUUGCCCAACCAUAUAUCCCAUUUCGACUGCGACCGAGUCAUGAGAUCUUCUUCCCAGAGUGAUCGACGAAGACACUCGAAUUUCGUGCAAACAUGUCCGUUGGCCCAUAAACUAUCAUGCAGGAUUUGUUUCGAAUCUGCAGGUACAAACUCUGCCGAGCCUUGUCGUGAUCCCGCAUGUAUCAGUGGAGGAGUAUCAAGGCGAAGCACUAAUGGGGCCACAAAACUGGUUACAAUGCUGGUC